AUGGCGGCGCUGCUGCUCCAGGACCUCGGGGCGCGGCCGCCCGGCCGGGGCGACCCGAGGAUGGAGGACGACGGCCGUGGCAACAGCGACCUCUUCGACAUGGCGCGCGACCGCGGCUACUCGGAGCUGGUGCGCAUGAUGGAGGAUGCCUCCCGCAGGCACCAGGAGCGGAUGGCGCUGCUCGAUGUGCUGCUGAGGGCCGUCCGGGAGGGCUCCCUGGAGGAGCUCGACGGCCUCCUCGCGCAGAAGGCCAGCGUCCACGAGGCGGACGGCGCGGGGCUCACGCUGCUCCACCUCGCGGCCGCCCGCUCCGACGCGCGCGGCGAGGGGUGCUGCCGGAGGCUCCUCGAGGCGCGGGCAGACGCGAGCGCGCAGAACAACGAGCUGGAGGAGUCGCCGCUCUUCGGCGCGGCCCGCGGGGGCUCGGAGGCGGCGCUGGUCCUGCUGCUCGACGGCCGGUGCGACCCGCGGCUGAGGAGCCGCCGGGGCGAGACCGCGCUCUUCGCGGCCGCGCGCGCAGGCCGCGAGCCCGUGGUCUCGGCCCUGCUGCGGCGCGGGGCGCGGGCCGACGACCGCGACCACGCCGGGCGGACGGCCGCGUUUCAUGCGGGCGGGCCAGGCUGCGCGGGGGCGUUGCGGCGGCUGCUCGAGGAGGCGGGCGCUUGCGACGCGGUGGACUCGCAGGGGUGCACGCCGCUGUUCACGGUCGAGGAUGCCGAGUGUGCGCGCGUGCUGGUCGAGCGCGGCCUGAGACUGGACGCCGCCGACCAUGCCGGGAAGACCGCGCUGUUCCACGCGGCCGAGUGCGACCGCGCGGGCGUGGUCCGGGCGCUGCUGGACUGCAGUGCUUCGGCGGCGGCUGUGGACGCCGAUGGGAGGACGGCCCUGCACUGGGCGCGGGGCUCCGAGGUUCCCCGGCUGCUCCUCGGGGCCUCCGCGCCCGUGGACCACCUCGACAAGAUUAAACAGACCGCGCUGUUCUUCGCGGCCGUUCGCGACGACGCGGCGAUGGUGCACGCGCUGUCGACGGCGGGCGCGAGCGGGGCCAUCAGGGACAUCAACGAGCAGACGCCGCUCUUCUACGCGGCUAGGGAGGCGUCCCUGCCGGUCGUGCAGCGGCUCGUCUGCCAGGCCCUCGUAGAUCCGGCCGCCAAGGACGUCGAAGGGAAUACCGCGGUCAAGAAGGCCAGGGAGAGGCCCAAGGAGGGCCAGGACAUCGUGGCCUACCUGGAGUCCGUGCGGCGGGCGUGUGCCGCCCAGUCCGCCGCCGCUGGGCGCGGGCGAGGCCGCGGCGGCCGCGGCAGCCGAGACGGCGGGGACGCCACCCCGCGGCGGAAGAGGCGCCCGGGGCUCAACGCAGAGGGG